CUUCAUUAACCGGAAGUACACGACAGUUAUCAUGUUUUGUAAAUAAAGUGGUCGCCUACCAUUGUUUAUAGUUAUUUAUAGUCUUAACACGUUACGGCAUUUUGUCUAAAGCGGUUCGGUUCAAAUGGUUUGUUUAACUGUUCGCUAAAGGCUGUUUAAACUUAGGAAGGACAUUCAUUCAUCUGUGAAUAUUAACUGCAAGCAAGCACACAACAGCAUUGGUCAGUCUUUACAGUCCCUCUAACCAUCAUUAUGUGGGAUGCUGAGAUAAGGGGCAUGGCUUCGGCUCAUGCCAUUAUUGCUUCUUCCAUAUUCAUGGCAACUGUACUGCCUGCUGUGUUUGUGGAGAACUUCUCUGUGUAUGGCACCCAUUUGGUUUGGCUGUACUUUGUGGCCGGAUCUGUUGCUGUGGUCAACAUUGCAGUGUUUUGGCUUUUAGGCAUUAGUCCAUCAACAAAGAAGAACACACUGAGCUUUAAGAUCAAUAGAUUAUUCAGAUCCUGUCUGUACUUUCUGCUAUCAUGUCUUUUCUUUCAUUCUGUGGUCGUACUGUACGGCGCACCAUUGCUAGAAUCUGCCCUGGAGACUUUUUCUCUGGCUGUCCUGCUGUCCACGCUGACUACACUAAGAUGUCUUUGCAUGCUGGGCCCUAAUGUACAGGCAUGGAUUCGGGUGUUCAGCAGAGAUGGGGCGAUGUCCGUGUGGGACACCUCUCUUCAGAUUACCACUGGCUGUAGUCUGGUUGGAGCCUGGCUUGGAGCUUUCCCUAUUCCCCUCGACUGGGACAGACCCUGGCAGGUUUGGCCUGUUUCCUGUACUCUCGGCGCAACUACUGGAUUUCUAACUGGCCUCCUUGCUGCCCCCGUUUGGAUCCACUGGCAUCGCAAACUUCUCACCUACAAGCUUAAAUGAGGAAAAUAAGCACUUUAAGCCAUCGG